CUUUCUUCUCUUUUAUCCAUCUCUCUUCCCAACUGAACAACAUUCACACAGAGUCACACACCGCCACCCCCGCCGGCGGUCACACUCCCACAAAACAGAUGUUUCAUUAUCAAUUUCAUCUAAAUAAAGAAUUCAAGAAUAUAAUUGGCUGUUCUUGGGCAUUGCCUUGUAUUAACGACCAAUAAUAAAUCGCCUUCUUUUAUGGCUCUGGUUCAACUACUCUUUUCAACUGCUACUUCUAGCUGCCGCUCCAUUAUGUUGCAGAAUAGGACUUUGCAUAAUUUCUCAGGGACAUGCUUACUAGGUUCACCAUUCAAAGAUGCUGAUCAAUUUGCCCAGUUACCCCGAAAACUUAGGGUGUGCUCUGCAUUCACAAGAUCUCAACCCAAAGUUUUAAGGAUUAAGUCUGAGCGAAAAUCUUGUGCUCUCAAAAGCCAUUCUUAUGGGCUUUGGCCGUUCUCUGCCUCAAUUCAACAGCCCAAUAUGAGAGUAGCAUCAUUAAGUGGUGCAAUACAGAUGAAUGUAAUAAGUUAUAGGUCAAUAGUUGGUUUUGAAAGUCAGUGCUAUGCAUUUGUCACUGGCAAGAGGUCUUUUUCCAAGGUCUCUGGAGCCUUGACACAUAAAAAUGAUGCAGUGGGUAUACGAGGUGGUGGAAGUGAUAGCAAUUCAACCUUAAAAGUAUACAACAAGUACUGGAAAAGGAAAAAGGCAUUUUCUGCUCAUAGGAGGAAUGCGAUCUCCAAUAUUGGACCUGGAAGAGGCAAUUCUAGUUAUAAAGCAUCUGAUACUAAAGCCCCUGGUACGGUCAGUUCAAAAGAUGGCAUUCCCAUGGACAAGAUGAAGGAUGUGGAGUUGGACACUUCACAUUCUUCUGAUACCAGUGGAAGUCGUAAUUCCAAUGGUGUUAGCAAAGUGAAGCAGGCAAGGAGCAAGAAAAGCAAAAAUCAUGGUUCUGAUAAUACUGCUGCUUGUGAUGAGGCAAACCAUCUUAAAGACCCUGAAAAAGUUUCUCAAGCCAAGAAGCCUAAACCUAAGAAAAAAAACCAAUCUCCUGUAGCUUCUCAGAUUAAUACAACUCAAAGUACUUCUACAGAAAUACUCGAAAAUGAUGUCUUGACCAAGGAUUCCAAACCUAAGCCUAUUAAGUCAUCUAGGAAGAAAAAGACUGAUAAAGGGGUUGCUGCCCUUUCAAAAUCUGAUGAAUCACCUGCUGAUUCAUCUAGCAGCGAGGUAUCACAGAGCCACAAAUCACAGAUGAGUGGCAAAAGUAGUUUGCAGGGCAAAUUUCCUCAAUUAUAUCCACCUGUUGCUAAAUCAGUUGUGGUGGUGGAGUCUGUCACGAAGGCAAAGGUUAUUCAAGGGUACCUGGGCGACAUGUUUGAAGUCCUACCAAGUUACGGUCAUGUUAGGGACUUGGCUGCAAGGUCAGGAUCUGUUAGACCAGAUGAUAACUUCAGUAUGGUAUGGGAGGUUCCAUCGCGGGCCUGGACUCAUCUUAAGAGUAUCAAGGUUGCACUAAGUGGAGCCAAAAAUCUUAUUCUUGCAUCGGAUCCUGAUCGUGAAGGAGAGGCUAUAGCUUGGCACAUAAUUGAGAUGUUGCAGCAACAAGAUACCUUACGCAAUGAUAUCACUGUGGCAAGGGUUGUUUUUAAUGAAAUAACAGAGUCGUCCAUCAAAAAUGCCCUUCAAGCUCCAAGAGAGAUUGAUGUAAGUUUGGUACAUGCUUAUCUUGCACGUCGUGCAUUGGACUACUUGAUUGGGUUCAACAUUUCACCAUUGCUUUGGAGGAAAUUGCCUAGUUGCCAGUCAGCUGGUCGGGUUCAGUCAGCUGCCUUGUCUCUUAUAUGUGACAGGGAAACAGAAAUUGAUAAAUUUAAACCACAGGAGUACUGGACAAUUGAGGUUGAGUUCAACAAGAAGGACACAAGUUCAACAGAUACUCUCAGCUUCUCCUCAAAUUUAACCCACUUUAGUGGCAAAAAGUUAAGCAAGGUAUCUAUUGGUUCUUACACUGAGGCAAGGGAUAUUGAACAGAAGAUUAACUCAUCCAAGUUUGAAGUUAUUGCCUCUAAGGAAAGCAAAAGUCAAAGAAAUGCUCCCAGCCCGUACAUAACUUCCACACUUCAGCAAGAAGCAGCAAACAAAUUAAAUUUUUCUGCUUCAUAUACUAUGAAACUUGCACAAAAGCUGUAUGAGGGGGUGCAGUUAGCUGAUGGUGAAGCAGUAGGAUUGAUCACUUACAUGAGGACAGAUGGAUCACACAUUUCUGAUGAUGCUGUAAAAGACCUUCAGUCGUUUGUAACAGAAAGGUAUGGACAAAAUUUUGCAUCAAAAAGUGCUCGCAAAUAUUUUAAGAAGGUGAAGAAUGCUCAAGAGGCCCAUGAAGCUAUUAGACCAACUAAUAUCAGGAGGCUACCUUCAGUGCUUGCUGGGGUCCUGGAUGAUGAUUCUGUGAAGUUAUACAAACUUAUUUGGUCUAGAACCAUUGCCAGCCAAAUGGAACCUGCUAUUAUUGAUCAGGUACAACUUGAUAUUGCGAAUACUGAUCGAUCCAUUAUGCUUAGAUCUUCGUGCUCAAGAGUUGAAUUUCUAGGCUACCAAACUGUGUUUGAGGAUGUGGAAUCCAAGACAGUAAGUUUGAAUGAGAAUGAAGUAAAUAAUCGUGGUGAGCUUUUCAAGGUUUUGAGUACUUUGAAAUCUGGGGAUUCUUUGAAUUUGGGUAAGGUAGAACUUGAGCAACACUAUACACAACCACCACCACGCUACUCUGAGGGGGCAUUGAUCAAAAAGAUGGAAGAGCUUGGCAUUGGAAGACCUUCGACUUAUGCAAUAACGAUUAAGGUGUUGAAAGAUAGAAAUUACGUAACAAUAAAUAGCAGGGUUAUGCAUCCAGAAUUUCGAGGGCGGAUGGUGUCUGCUUUUCUUUCCCAUUAUUUUUCUGAGGUCACAGAUUACAGUUUCACUGCUGACAUGGAGACUGAACUUGAUAAUGUUUCAGCUGGAUUGACUGAAUGGAAAGGCCUUCUAAAAGAUUAUUGGACAAGGUUUAGCAAGUACUGUACACAUGCUAUUAAUGUCCAUAUUCAUCAGGUGGAGAAGAUGCUGGAGAAGGAAUUUUCAGAUUUUUUGUUUGCUUCUCUCCCAGAUGGAAGUAGGAGAUGCCCUAGUUGUUUGGAGGGAAAUCUAAUCUUCAAGGUCAGCAGAUUUGGGGCAGGCUACUUUAUAGGUUGUGAUCAGCAUCCAAGAUGCAAGUAUAUUGCCAAGACAUUAUGUCGCGAAGGCGAUGAAGAGAUCCCUAGUGACAACAAUAACAACAAAAAUAUGGAGGAGCCAAAGUUGCUGGGCCUAAAUCCUGGUACCAAUGAGAAGGUUCUUCUGAAGAGUGGUCCGUAUGGAAACUAUGUUCAGCUUGGUGAAGACAGGGAAGGUUUCUUGCCUAAACGAGCUUCCCUGAACAAUGUAAAAGAUUUGGAUUGCGUUACCUUGGAAGUCGCUCUUGAGUUGCUGCGCUAUCCAGUGACCUUGGGGAAACAUCCAGAUGACGGCCGGCCUGUGACUUUAUUUCCUGGAAAGAAGAAAAGUUUUGUCAUUAGACAUGGGAGGACAUUCGCUCCUGUUCCCAAGAACAUUAAGUCUGAAGAUGUUACCUUAGAGCAAGCGAUGGAGUUUCUGAAGGGACCUAAUACAACAAGAGUUGGGCGGCCAGUUGUCAAGAAGAAGCUGGAGGAAUCCAUUGAGGCAAUAUAUUAGUUUUCACAGAUGAAAGAACUGAAACCCCUUUUUGGCUAAUUGAGAACAGAAGACGAGCCAUUGUUACACUACUGGCAUUUCUUGCAGCUGUCAGUUCUGGGGAAGAGCUUUGGAUGCAGUAUAUGACAAAAUUCUUUUGAAUACGAUUAGGAGGAUAAAAGCCAAUUUGCAGCAGCAAAGAGAGAAAAAGAAAAAAUGACUUGAUAUAAUUGGAAUCAGAUACUACUUUUUUUCAUACGUGUUUUAAAUAUCUUUUGAUGUAAUUAUGCUUGUAUUAUGCAAAAGCGCCUAAUUUUUCUAUCAUGAAUGCAUUUUUUAUGGUUUAGUUUU